AAUCCACUACCCCUCGUUAGCUCCAAAUCCACCGCACGGCCACUGCAGCCAUGGAAAGAGGCCAACCCGGCCCAAAUCCGAGAACGCCGAUGAACGACUCCCUCGACUCGACCCCGGUGGGGAUAAAUCGGAGAAAGCUGGCCGAGGCCUGAAGCAAAGCAAGUUGGAAGUACCCCGACCCGACCCGACCCCACCACGUACGAUUACGAUCUCGCCACGCCACCCGCACUCGCACGCGCCACCACUCAAGGCUGCGCCUGCCGCCUGCGCUACUGCGGCCGCGCCGCCACCCGCGCGACAACCACAGCCACGGGCGGCGAGCCGCGACCGGCGGUGGGUGGACAAGUAAUGGUGGCGCCGGAGGGAGUCGGAGUCGGAGGAGGCCCAUCGCGGUGGCCGGCAGCGGAGGAGCUUGACAUUGUACGGAAGAAGGUGGCUGAGAUAAGUGGAAGAGAUGAAAAAGAGGUUAGGGUAGUUGCUUGCCCUUACAGGAUUUGUCCAUUGGGGGCUCAUAUUGAUCAUCAGGGUGGAAUAGUCACAGCUAUGACCAUAAAUUAUGGAGUACUUCUUGGUUUUGUGCCCUCUAAUGAUUCUGAGGUUUUACUUCAAUCUGGUCAAUUUAAAGGUGUUAUACAAUUCAGAGUCGAUGACUUGCAAAAACCUAUUGAUAACCCAGAAAACAUAAACUGGGAAAGCUAUGCAAGAGGUGCUGUUUAUGCUCUGCAAAAUAGUGGGUAUGAUCUCAGGAAGGGUAUUAUAGGCUAUAUUUCUGGGGUGAAAGGAUUAGACAGUUCAGGGCUUAGUUCUUCUGCAGCGGUUGGCAUAGCCUAUCUGCUGGCUUUGGAAAAUGUAAAUGAUCUGGUCAUAUCACCAGUGGAUAACAUUCAGUUGGACAAGUCCAUUGAAAAUAAAUAUUUGGGUCUUGAAAAUGGUAUUCUAGAUCCAUCAGCCAUUUUGCUUUCACGCUAUGGUUAUCUCACCUUCAUGGACUGCAAGACCGCUUCACCUUCCCACGUCUACUUCUCGGAGCUGAGUAAAAGCCAGCAGCCUCAGGGAGAGCUACCAUUCAAGAUUUUGUUGGCAUUUUCAGGGCUGCAGCAUAAUCUACCUAAGAAGCGUGGAUAUAAUACACGAGUUUUUGAGUGCAAAGAGGCUGCCCGUGCUCUUUUGCACACUGCAGGCUGUGAAGAUACACCAAAUAUACUUCGUAACGUUGACCCAGUUGUAUAUGAAACCAAGAAGGGUGUAUUGGAAGAAAAUCUUUCCAGAAGAGCUGAGCACUACUUUUCUGAAAUGAAGCGUGUCGCUAAGGGUAGAGACGCAUGGGCUCGUGGGAACCUGCAAGAACUUGGGCAGUUGAUCUCCGCAUCUGGCCGUAGCUCCAUACUCAACUACGAAUGCGGGAGCAAAGAGAUGAUACAGCUGUACGAGAUCCUCCUCAAGGCCCCCGGCGUCCUCGGCGCACGGUUCAGCGGCGCCGGCUUCAGGGGAUGCUGCCUGGCGAUCGUGGAGAGCGACCGCGCGGAGGCGGCGGCCGCGUACGUUGCAGCCGAGUACGAGAAGGCCCAGCCCGAGCUGGUCUCCAGGAUCCCCGCGGAUCGCCGCGUGCUGGUCUGCGAGCCCGGGGACUCCGCGCGCGUCGUACUGCCCGACGACGACCGCCUCCGUUCCUGAUGGGCCCUGACCGAGGCGGCCGGCCGGCGGUGUAAAGAGCGCUGCUCCACGCUCAUUGUUCCGGGAGUGUCGCCUAUUGACGACGACGUAUAGUAUCCGAGUGUGCAGUAUGCAGAGCAUUGUUGUGCGUGUGCUUUCCAUUUGAUACAUUCGUUUGUACGGAGCAAUAAGCGUAGCGUUCGCGUUUGUAUCGAAGCAAUAAGGUUGUCGAGUAAAGAGAAGUGGAAUGUACUACCAGUAUAGACAAA